UUCAAACAUAUGAUUCACGUCCAAUAAUAUGUUGUCAGCUGCUUUGUUUUGUGUUGUUUGGUUUCUGUUUUAACUCGAAAGUAAUCAGUUAAAUAUAGUUCGUGAAGUGUGUAAAACAUUAGCUACAUUAUAUCAUGAUAUUUAUUGGAUAAAAGAUAUAAAUUCAAUCCAAUUAAUUGAAAAUAAAGGCAAUUUCCAAUGCGGAUAUUUUAGAAUGUGUACAUACUAAAACUGACUAUACGGUGUGUAACAAGAGUCGAACAUAAAAUUAUUUUGUUAAAGCUUUCUCUCAAUAAACUCUUUUAAGAGGGAUUGGUUACUAGUGAUUGUGACUAUAUAGCAUCGACUUUAGUUUAAAUUAUUUUACGCAUUUGUGGGCGUUUACAAAAAAAGAACACCAACGGAUCCGUUGGUAUAAUUAAAAAAAUUUUAACUUUAAUUCGAAGAGAUAUCAAACGAUUUUUUCGUUUACUCUUUUGCUUAAACAAUGAUCUCACAGUCUAUAGACGGACGCACUAAUGGUGACGAAUCUGCUCCAAUUGCACAAGGAAGCGGCAAUUCUUCGUCGAUGCUUAGAACGUUUGGAUCAUUUUUUGGUUCGAACGGUAAUGGUGGAAUUAUGCGGCGAAAUAAUUCAUUUCAAUCUGCAGACAGAUAUGUUGAAUUUGGAAUGCAAGAACCGGAGAACAAUGGACGCACUUUAGGUACUUUUGCCGGCGUUUUUAGUCCUGUUGCUCUAUCUAUGUUCAGCGCUUUGGUCUUCAUUCGAGUUGGUUUUAUUGUGGGUAACGCUGGACUCUAUGUAACUUUACUUCAAUUUGUAAUAGCGUAUUUAAUCCUACUGUUUACUGUUGCCUCUGUAUGUGCGAUCUCAACGAAUGGUGCAAUUGAAGGUGGUGGUGUUUAUUUUAUGAUCAGUCGUACGCUUGGUGUAGAAUUUGGUGGUUCAAUUGGGACACUUUUUUUCUUAGCGAAUGUUGUAGGUUGUGCUAUGGCCAUAUCCGGUUGUACUGAAGGUAUUAUGGAAAAUUUUGGACCUGGUGGCUAUAUCACAAAAGAUGGAAACUCUCUGCCAGAUGGUACAUGGUGGCGAUUUCUUUUUUGUACAUUAAUAAAUACGGCUAUGCUAUUGGUUUGUCUCGUCGGAGCGGCAUUAUUUGCAAAAACUUCGGUACUUAUCCUUGGCAUAGUUACCGUAUGUCUUUUGGCAACAUACAUUAGUUUCCUAUUUGUCGGCCCAAAAUCGCAUAUUCCCGUGCCUGAAGAGAACAAAUUAAAUAGUAACAUUACUUUAACUUAUACCGGUCUUAAUGGAACAACAUUAAAGGAAAACUUGUAUUCUCAUUAUGGACCAGAUUAUACAUCCGACGGAAAAAUCGUAGAUUUCGCCACCACUUUCGGUGUUCUUUUUGCUGGCGUGACUGGCAUAAUGGCUGGUGCUAAUAUGUCUGGCGAAUUGAAAAGCCCAUCGAAAAGUAUACCAAUAGGCACACUUUCAGCAGUCGGCUUUACAUUCGUAUCGUAUAUAAUACUGUCGCUAUUAAUGUCCUUAACUACACCUUACAUUACAAUGCAAAACAAUUAUCUGUUUUUAAUGCCAGUUAAUUUUUGGCCUCCGUUUACUGCUAUUGGUAUUCUAACUGCAACCUUUUCUACAGGACUGAGCAAUUUAAUUGGCUCGAGUCGUAUUUUUGAAGCAUUAUCGAAGGAUCAAGUUUUUGGUUCAUUACUGAAUUUUGUGCAAAAAGGUACUUGGAGAGGAAAUCCAAUAGCAGCAGUGCUAACAAGUUGGGUUCUAGUUGAAUGUAUAUUGCUUAUCGGUUCAUUCAACAUAAUUGCUCAAGUGAACUCGGUGUUAUUUAUGCUUUCGUAUUUAGCGACGAAUUUGGCGUGUUUAGGUAUAGAACUAACAGGUGCACCGAACUUCAGACCCUCUUUCAAGUACUUUACUUGGCAUACUUGCCUAAUAGGCUUGAUUGGUACAUUGGUGAUGAUGUUUGUCAUUAAUCCUAUAUAUGCUUCUUCUAGCAUAAUAUUGUGUUUAAUUAUGGUUAUUGCCCUGCAUCUAUUUUCACCGGCAACACAGGCAGCGCAAUGGGGUUCUAUUUCUCAAGCAUUAAUGUUCCAUCAGGUUCGAAAAUAUUUAUUAAUGUUGGAUCCACGGAAAGAUCAUGUUAAAUUUUGGAGGCCUCAGAUGUUAUUGCUUGUUUCUUCGCCACGUUCAUGUUGUCCCUUAGUUGAUUUUGUUAAUGAUAUGAAAAAAGGCGGACUUUAUGUUAUUGGACAUGUAAAACUUGGAAAUUAUACAGAUGUAUCUGAUCCCGCAGUUGAAGAAAAUGCACAGUGGUUAUCAUUCUUAGAUCAUAUGAAAGUAAAAGCUUUUGCAGAAGUCACUUUAGCGACAAGCAUACGCGAAGGCGUGCAACAUUUAAUACGUUUAUCUGGGAUCGGUGCUAUGAAACCUAAUACAAUCAUUUUAGGCUUUUAUGAUAAUGAAACUCCAAAAGAUUUCUUCCAAAGUGCUUCUUCGCAAUACAAAACUGAUGAUUUCAAUAAUGGUGAGAUAAACAAUUUCCCAAUGAGAGUUGAAGGGGAAGAAAAGCACAUUAAUAUCGAAGAAUAUGUGGCCAUAAUAUGCGACGUUUUGCGUAUGAAAAAGAAUUUAUGCUUAUGUCGACAUUUUCAUCGCUUGGACAAAAAUUUUAUUGCAAAAAGCAAACAUAUGAAAUAUAUUGACGUAUGGCCAAUAAAUGUUUUUGAUCCCUUAGCUGAAAAUCCUUUUGAUGUUGUUUCGUUGUUCAUGAUGCAGUUGGCAGUUAUAAUAAAUAUGUUAGCUAAAUGGAAACAUUUACGUUUGCGCGUCUUCCUUUGCGAAACUGGAAACAGUGCUUCAAAUAUUACGUCCUUUGAUACCUAUGCGCCGCAAAUGGAAGUUUUAAGCAGAAUGAAACUGCAGCAAUCGCUAAAAGAGUUACGUAUUGAUGCUGAUAUUAUUGAAAUACAAGAAUGGAAUCGGAAUGAGUCAUUUACUCAACAUGCUCGGAUAUUGAAACAAUUUACAAAUGAUGCUGAUGCAGUUAUAGAUACAAUAUCUGAAGAGAGCUAUGAUAAUUCUGUUUCAUAUAUGAAAAGAGUUAAUCAAAUUAUACGCGAACGAUCGGACCAGACUGCUGCAUCUUUUAUUUAUUUAGCUGCUCCUCCAAAAAUCAACUCGCCCGGUUUUAAUGAACGCGCUGUACGUUAUAUUGACUUGUUAACCGAAUUGACUGCAGAUCUCCCGCCGACUAUUCUAGUACACGGUGUCAACUUGGUUACUUCAACUACACUUUAAAUUAGCUUUAUCUGUUAAUAAGCAAUAUAAAUUUAGACAAAUGCCCAAGUACCUUUCGAUGAAAAUUCAUUGAUUAACAUAUUCAUUUCGAUUCCAAUUUCAGAGAAGAAGUAAUUAUGUUUUAUAUUUGUAUUAGUUAUGUAUUAUGUGCUUAUU